GUAAACCACUACAUCGUCUAUCAGAAUUCAUAAUCAUGCUUGAAGAAAAAGCAAAUAAAAGUAAUAAAUAUUGUGUUUGUAAAGAAUGUAUAUCAGGUUCUUCAUAUGCAAAGGCAGAAAAAAAUAAAUUUGCAAAUACACAAGAACUUGUUCAUCAUCACCUAAAAAAUUGUAUUUAUUUUAAGCAAAAAUACAAUGAAUCAGAGCAAGCAGAAAUUUUGAGCAAAUCCAUUUUAGUAGCUAAUAACCCUAAACAAGAAAAUUCUGAUGAUAAUUCUGAAGCUUCUUCAUCAAAAAACUUAUCUGAGGCUUCUUCAUCAAAAAACUCAAUGGCUACAACUGUAUCAUGUGGUUGGGCUUUUUCAUGGGUAGAAAAUCCAGAAAUAAAGAUGCUUUUUGAAUUUGUUCAUUCUUUAAUUAAAUUGCCAUCACAAAAAAAUCUUAGUGGUCAAAUUUUAUUUGAAUCUACACAAAAAAUAACCAAAUCAAUUAAAGAAAUAGCACAAAAUGAUAAAGAUGGGAUUACAUUAGCUCACUACUUAUGUUUUGCAAGUAUUAUUAAAUCUCGUACUGCUCUUAAAAAUUUGGCCACAAAAAUUGAAGAAGAAAAUGAUGAUAGUCUUAAAGAUUUUUUCAAAAGUAUUCUUUCAAAUAUUUCAAAUAGUUGUCUUACUGAAGUUCUAUAUAGUUUCGGAUGGGUGUAUCAAGUAAUUAAAAGUAUUUCAGAUGAAGCAUUUAAAGAUUAUUUAAUAACAAAAUUAGAAAAGCGAUGGUCUGCUUGGGAGCAGCCAUUGUUGCUUUUAUCUUUUUUAUUACAUCCAAAUUACCAUAUUAAACAAUUUAAUCAAUGCAAUGAUGAUUUGUCUUUUACAAAUCUGGAACAAUGA